GCCGAUAGGUAUACUUCAAAAGAAAAAGCUCUGUUAGAAAUAACAGGUGACUCAAGGUAUGUAUACACAGGUAAAAAUUAUACACCGAUCUUAAGAGGGUGAGAAAUGAAUCCAACCGUUCAACACUCCCAAGAUGAGCGUGCAACAAAAGCCAUCGUAUCACGUGAUGCUAAUUCUAUCACCGUUCAACACUCUCAUGACAAGCACCGAUGCGAUGUGCAACAAAAACCUCCCCUCUUGUAUCACAUGAUGCUAAUCAGAUCGCCAUCAAAAGCAACGUUCAGCAUUCUCACGACAAGCGCGAAUGCGAUGUGCAACAAAACGUCCCUCCCCUCCCACACCACGGGCCUAUCUCACUCAUAUCACGUGAUGCUAAUCCUAUCGUCGUCGAAACCAUCUUCAGCACCUCUCAUGUCAAGCACUGAUGCGAUGUGCAACAAAACCCCCCAACUAGUGACACGUGAUGCUAAUCCCAUCGCCAUCGAAGCCAUCCCAUGACAAGCGCCAAUGCGAUGUGCAACAAAACUUCCCUCCCCCCCUUUUUCCCUCGCCUGCCUCCCCCACCCAACACUUUCUCCUUUCUUCCCC